GCGGGCCGAACAGCGGCAGCUGGCACUCUCCGACGCUCCACCUGGCGGGAGCACCCAGGCCUGCGUGCGCGGAGGGACGGGCCUCGGACAGCAUGGCUUCCGCGGUGGCCCCCAGGCUGGCCGUGUCUCUGCUGCUGCUCCUCAGGGCCCUGCCCGCGGUGGCCUACUCCGUGCCCCUGCAGGCCGCCUUCCUGGAGGACACAGGGGGCAGCGGGGAGGCCGAGGGCUCAUCGGCCUCCUCCCCAAGCCUCCCGCCCCCCCGCACCCCGGCCCUCAGCCCCACAUCGGUGGGGCCCCAGCCCACGCCCCUGGCGGGCCCCAGGCCCCCCACCAACUUCCUGGACGGGAUCGUGGACUUCUUCCGCCAGUACGUGAUGCUCAUCGCCGUGGUGGGCUCCCUGGUGUUCCUGCUGAUGUUCAUCGUCUGCGCCGCCCUCAUCACGCGGCAGAAGCACAAGGCCUCGGCCUACUACCCCUCGUCGUUCCCCAAGAAGAAGUACGUGGACCAGAGUGACCGGGCCGGGGGCCCCCGGGCCUUCAGCGAGGUCCCCGACCGGGCUCCCGACGGCCGGUCCGAGGAGGCCCUCGAUUCCUCCCAGCAGCUCCAGGCUGACAUCCUCGCUGCCACCCAGAACCUCAAGUCCCCCACCAGGGCCGCCCUGGGCGGUGGAGACGGAGCCAGGAUGGAGGGCAAGUCGGAUGGGGAGGAGAGCGGCGGCCGGGAGGGACACCCGGAAGCCCAGGGACACGGGGUCCCAGCUGAGAAACCAGAGGUGCCAGGGGAGCCAUGCCCGGCGGUGGCCGAGGAGGCUCUGGAGGCCGGCCAAGGCCAAGGCGAGUCAGAAGCGGCUCCCUCCUUAGCCCAGGAAGCCAGAGGACCCGCCGGUCCCCCCGAGAGCCCCUGUGCUUGCAGUACCGUCCCCAAGGUCUAACAGGCCUCUGGGGCUGCUGGCCUUGACUGUCGGACCCCUCGCGGUCACCUCCACGGAUGUGGAAAGGCCCUUGACCCUUUCCGCUCCCUGACACCCCCGCCUCAGCCACCCCCUGCUGCAAAUCCCAGCGUGUCCCUGCCCUGCAGUGGGCAGAGAUGCCAGUCUCCGGCCUACCCCGGGAAACUCCCCGAGCUCCAGGAGCAUUUGCCCCUGCACCCCCAAAGGGCUACACUCCAACCACAGCUCCUCGGGGAGGGGGAUGGGAAGGAUAACACAGCCAAUGAAAUUAGCCGUAUCCUUUGGGAACGUGGACCGUGGGUCCCCUGGGAUGGUGCAGACCACCAGGGGUAGGAAAGAAAAGUCAGAAUAACUACGAGUUUUGGACCAGGGUGAAUGGGACAAGCGUCCUGAGGCGGGUGCACUUAGAGCUACCUGGACCUGAUGGAUCCGGAAGCUUUGGGCCCAUGCACACAUCGCGACAGGUCCCCAGGUGAGCAUUUCCAAGGCUGCCUUCCCUGAGGUACUCUGUGCUAAAAGGAUUUGGGGGUCCAUUGAGUUGAGGAAACACUGCCUCCCUGCUCCCUGCACCCCCCCUUGGAGGACCCCCCAGGCUCUGCACAUACUCCAGUAAAGUUCUCUUGGUCUCUCAAA